AUGCCACGAAAACUUUUAAAAUUUCUCAUAAUCUUCGAUAAUACCUCAUUGCUAUAUUUUCCCGGGCAAUUUCUCUCCGGUCGAGUCCUUCUCGAACUGCAAGAUGACACCCCCGCUCUGGGUUUACAUUUCCAUGUUGUCGGCGAAGGUGUGGUGCGUGCCGGUUCGGCACGACAAGAACGUGGUACAUAUGACAAAGAAAAUUAUAUAGAUUUUCGUAUGCGUCUGCUGGGUGAUGUGGAUCAAGGACCCACAGUCCUCUCACCGGGCAUACAUAGUUUCCCUUUCAAAUUGGGUCUACCCAUGGGUUUGCCAUCGACAUUUUUGGGUCGCUACGGUUGGAUACAGUAUUAUUGUAAGGCGGCGCUGCGGGAAACUAAUGGUCUGAUACAUAAAAAUCAUCAGGUAUUCAUUGUUAUGAAUCCAAUCGAUUUGAAUAUGGAGAAGCCAAUAUUGUCGCAACCCUUCACCUGUGAGGUGGAACACAAAAUGGGUGUGGCCUGUGUGGGCGGAGGCCUGGUAAAGUGCCGUGUUGCCUUAGAUCGUGGUGGCUAUGUGCCGGGCGAGAGUGUCCUUGUAACGGCAUUUAUUUCUAAUCAUAGUAAUGUUACCAUUAAAAGGACCAAAGCAUCUUUAACAGAGACUGUUGAAUAUUUGGCUCGCGGUAAAGUGGUGCAAACUGAAAAGCGUGCUUUAGCUGUCUUAGUCCGAGGUAAAAUCCGUCCCGGUGGCAAAGAUGAAUGGCAAAAUGAUAGCCUCUAUGUGCCACCCUUGCCACCCACAAAUCUCCAUGGUUGCCAUUUAAUACGUAUCGCCUACGAUGUGUUCUUUGUCAUUGAACCCAAGUCGCUGGAAAAGGAAAUCAAAUUGCAGCUGCCCAUAUUAUUGGGCACCUAUCCAUUCCGUUCGCCAGCCAAUGAUAUUUCAAAUACAUGGCCGGAUUCGGUGCUUAAACCAGAUACCCAUUAUCCCUCAUCAUUGCCAAUAUUCCGGCCUUGGUUAAAUGAUAAACCGGAAAACUAAAAAAAUACGA